AUGUUUAAGAAGGCGCUCGCUCACCAGUCGAACGCGACGCCGAUUCGCUCCUCUGCGCGGAGACAGCUCCUUCAGAGCAUCUACGAGCAGUAUCCCGCCCUAAAGGCGGGCUGCGUCGCGGAGGGCGAGAAUGGCGUGACCGAGAAGGAGCUCGGUAAGCUGCUCCUGCCCGACAGCGUGCGGAGCGCUACGUUCGAGACGAGCGGGGGAGUUGAGGGCCUCCCCUAG